AUGGCUGAGGAAGCGGAAAGCGAUGGGACGAUCAAACCUGGAGAUACGUUGAUUGAGGUUUCGAGUGGCAACACUAGAAUCGCUAUUGCCCUAAUGGCGGCUAUCAAGGGCUACAAAUGCAUCAUCACACUCUCAGAGAAGAUGUCGCUUGAAAAGGAGCAGAUUUUGAAAGCUUUGGGAGCGAAGGUCGUUCGUACUCCAGCCGGUGUUCCCAUCGACUCCCCGGGCUCUAUCAUCAGCGUGACACAGCCUCUUCAGAAGGAGAUUCCGAACUCCUUCAUCCUCAAUCAAUACACAAACCCUGAAAAUCCAGCUGCACAGCGGAGGAGCUGUGGCACCAGACAGAAGGGCAUAUCGAUGUGUCAAUCAGCGGAGCUGGUACCGGGGGCAUCAUUACAGGCACAGCAAUGGGUCUUAAGAAAUACAGCAAGGGUAUCCUACGAGCUUGACAAUCUCAAGGCGGAAUACAAGGUUGAAGGAAUCGGGUACGACUUUGCGCCAAAGGUCUUGAACCAAACCGAGCCCGACCUCUGGAUCAAAACCUCUGAUAGGGACUCUUUCCAGUAUGCACGAGGCCUUGUCCGAGAAGAAGGGCUUCUUUGUAGAGGGUCCUCGGGUGCAACAAUUGCCGCACUGGCCCAGUUGGUCGAAGCUCGUCCUGAGCUCAACACGGAGGAUAAGCAUAUUGUGGUUAUGCUGCCGUCUUCGUAA